GGUGCGGUGGCUGGCAGUGCCACCUCCAGCCUGCGGGAGCUGACGGCGGCCAGCAGGAGCGCGCCUUUGGCAAAGAAUAUUUCCCAGCUUCCCUAUGGAAAGGCCCUCUACAACUACGAGGGGAAAGAACCCGGCGACCUCAAGUUUAACAAGGGUGACAUCAUCAUGCUGCGCCGCAAGGUGGACGAGAACUGGUACCACGGGGAGCUCAAUGGCAGUCACGGCUUCCUCCCUGCCAGCUACAUCCAGUGCCUCCGACCCUUGCCGCAGGCCCCGCCCCAGGGCAAAGCACUUUACGAUUUUGAGAUCAAGGACAAGGACCAAGACAAGGACUGUCUGACCUUCACCAAGGAUGAAAUUUUGACCGUGAUCAGAAGAGUUGAUGAUAACUGGGCAGAAGGAAUGCUGGGAGACAAGAUUGGGAUAUUCCCUCUCCUGUAUGUGGAGCUCAACGACUCCGCCAAGCAGCUUAUUGAGAUGGACAAGACGUGCUUAGGGGCUGCGUCUGGCUGCGAUGCCUCCUUGCCCUCUGACCCCAGCGCCGCGGCCACUCUGGCCCCAAGGUCCACUUUAAGCAGCACAGGAGCGGUCAGUGCCUUUCAGCGGCGUAUCGAUGGCAAGAAGAAUGCCAAGAAACGCCACUCCUUCACCGCGCUCAGUGUGACCCACAAACCCUCCCAGACCGUGAGCAAUAGGCAUUCCAUGGAAAUCAGCGCUCCCGUGCUGAUCAGCUCCAGCGACCCCCGGGCUGCUGCCAGAAUCGGAGAGGUGGCUCACCUGUCAUCCAGCGCUCCAGCCCAGGACUCCUCCUCUUCUGCCGGAUCAGCCACCCUGGCUGUCGCCCGAGCUGGUGCCGCAUCUGGAGAACAGGCAACAUCUCCCAAAGUCCAGCUGCCCCUCAACGUGUACCUGGCGCUUUACGCCUACAAGCCCCAGAAGAACGACGAGCUAGAGCUGCGUAAGGGCGAGAUGUACCGAGUCAUUGAGAAGUGCCAGGAUGGCUGGUUCAAGGGGACGUCCCUCAGGACUGGGGUCUCAGGAGUGUUCCCUGGAAACUACGUCACGCCUGUCUCCAGGGUUCCUGUAGGAGGGGCUGGACCACCCCGGAAUAAUGUCCUGGGAGGGUCUCCGCUGGCCAAAGGGAUGACCACCACCAUCCAUCCAGGUGGGGGAAGUCUGAGCAGCCCAGCCACUGCCACCAGACCAGCCCUUCCUCUCACUACACCUCAGGCUCAUGCCCAGCACCAGGCAGCCUCUCCCCCGAUGGGCAGUUGUCUGCGGCACUCAGCCCAGCCAGUGGCCAGCCAAGCCCGGAGUACCAUCCCAACAGCUGCCCACUCCUCAGCCCAGGCUCAGGACCGACCAACUGCCACAGUGUCGCCCUUGCGCACCCAGAAUUCUCCAUCCCGCCUGCCAGCUGCCAGCCUCAGGCCCCACUCCGUGGUGUCCCCGCAGCAUGUGCACCAGCCUCCGAUCCAGAUGGUCGUGGGGGCCCAGUGUCCCCGGCCCAUCAUCCCCCUCACAUCAGCAGCGUCAGCCAUCACACCCCCAAAUGUCAGCGCAGCCAACCUCAACGGGGAGGUCGGAGGGGGGCCCAUCAGUGGCCUGUUGACAUCCAGUCCCACCAACACAGGAUGUAAAGCGGAAGAGAAGAAAAAUGAAAAGAAGGAGAAGAAGAGCGGGCUACUGAAACUUCUGGCGGGAGCAUCGACCAAGAAGAAGUCACGGUCCCCACCAUCUAUCUCUCCGACCCACGACCCCCAAGUGGACGCCUCCCUGCAGGGCGCUGUGGGACCCGAAGUGUCCUCCCUGUCCAGCCAUGGGAGAGCAGGCUCCUGCCCCAUAGAGAGCGAGAUGCAGGGCGCCAUGGGAAUGGAGCCCCUGCACAGGAAGACCGGCUCCUUGGAUCUGAACUUCUCCUUGUCCCCUUCGAGGCAAGUGCCUCUUUCCGUGGCUGCUAUCUGCCCCGAGCCCAAGCCGUUGUCCAGAGAGAGGUACCGCGUGGUGGUGUCCUACCCCCCUCAGAGUGAGGCGGAGAUCGAGCUGAAGGAGGGCGACAUCGUCUUCGUGCACAAGAAGCGGGAGGACGGCUGGUACAAGGGGACCCUGCAGAGGAACGGCCGCACCGGCCUCUUCCCGGGCAGCUUCGUGGAGAGCUUCUGAGGCCCGGCCCUCCGCCGGCACCCCUGCUCACCGAGGAUGGAGACUUGCCCCCAGCAGCCCUGGCACACAGCCCCCUGGAGCAGCCUCGUGGGCAGAAGGGCACCACCUUCCUGUAACAGGGAGGGGGCAUGGGGCGAGGCUUCCUCCAGGGCGCGGGGCUAGGGAGGGGUGUUAAGGUAGUGCCUUCUGCCUGCUGCAGCCCCCAACCUCGAGCGCCCCCACACUGGGGUGGUUCUUCAAGGACGUACCAACUCCCCCUCUGUGUGCGUUGUCAAGAAACCCUCUUUCAAAAAGAAGGAGAAGAGGAAAGGAGAGCCGAUGUCAUUGCUGUAACUUAUUGCCGCGCUGCGGUGUUCUGGUUUGCUGCCUAUGCAAGAUGGGGUUGAAGGUUCCUGGGGGCGUUGGCACCUUCAGGCUGGGGCUAGGAGCGGGGGAGUGGGCCCGAGAGCUCACAGAAUGUCUUACUAGGCCGGCCCUGGGGGUCCGGAGGAAGUUGGAGUUGCUAGGUCCCCCUCUCUAUAUACCUCAAUAAGCCGCCCGGGGCCACUCAGCCAGCGUGUUCCCGAAGGAGAGGUGCUCUGCCACAAGGGUGCUGACUGGCCUGUUUGGCUUGGGGAGCCAGUCGCAUGGCUCUUUGGGGGCUGGGGCCACACCCCCGUUUGGCUUUAUCUCCUGCCAAUAUUAGAAGCAACCGCAUUUUGGUUCGGUCACCACUGCCGCCCUUCCCCAUCGCUCGCCUCUUUCUUACCAUCUUAUCUUUCUCAUGUAAAGCUGGUCGAUUUUAUAUAUUUCUAAUAGGUCCUACAUUGCCUAUUUUUCCAUACAUCUGGUGCUGCCUUUUUUGUAAACACUAGGACUUGGUUGAGCUUGAGAGGGGGUGGGGGGCUGGGGCGUCUGUGGCGACAUCAAACAGGCAGAAUUUUUAUAUUUACCAUAUGAAUUUUGGAGUAAGGCCGAGAAGCCCGCAUCCUUAAUAGUAAAAAUGUUGGCUCCUGCCCCGUGGAGUAAGAGAGAAGGCAGGGAGGGAGGUGAGAAUUUGGAAAGAGCCAACUUCUUUAAAACCUUACCCAAACGUUAUGAUUCAAGAAUUGGAAGCAGUGCUAGGAAGGGUCAUUGUCAUGGCCUUUCGUGUGGCAGUAAGGAGAACACGUGAAGGUCCACCCUCGCCCACGAAGGCAGGCUCCCCUCCCUUCGUUAGUGCAGGCAGAGAGAAUGACAGCAACUAGGGGGACCCCACGAUGGCUUCUUGCUGGAGGCAUGUACAGUUUGUACCAUGGUUCAGAUUCACCUCCUGGUGAAGUUUCUGCUUGUUUUGUUUUGUUUUCUUUAAGGACUAAAUACUCCCACACCAGGCCACGCAAACCUUCAUCCGCUAGAGACUUAAAAGAAAAAUCAAGAGGAGCCAGGCCAUUCAAGACACCCUUGCGGGGGGCUGAGAGAAUGAAGCUUACUGGUCAAACCCUAAGAGGAGCUGGGUGAGGGUGGGGAGGAGGAAAGGGCAGCUUUGACUGUGAGCUUUUCAGCCACAUGGCGUGGAAGGAAACGUCUUCGUUCGUACCGCGCUCUCUUCCCACAAGGGGGUCCCUGUCACAAGGCAACUGCAUUAUCAAGGGAUCCACACCUUAACGUGUGAACCGGUGCAAAGCUCCCAUUUGUAACUCCUCUCCCUCCAUCCCUGAACCACUCGGACUGAAAUGAAACUGAAUAAGUUAGCCUUUGGUAACCCAAGCAUCUCCCUGGUCGCAGGGAAGCAGCACAUUCCGGAAGCACGGUGUCUUGCCCGGCAGGGGCCCUUUGAAAUCACAGAACACUUCUUUUCAGAGUUGUUUUUCUGGGACCAGACUUGGCGACGUGUGACUGCCAGGUGGCCACCCUGCUCUCAAGAUCGUGUUUAGAGAAAGGCUCAUUUGCUCAUUCUAGAUGAAAAUAGAUUUAAGAAAUGUGUUUGAAACCAAGAAGAAAAGUCCGGUUUACGCAGAGAGAGCCCUGUUCAUGGAGUUCAUCAGAACCACGGCCACACACUCGCCAUGGCGGCACCAAAUUAGUUCCCAACACCGCAAAUUGUGUGUUCUGCAAACCACGUCAUCGCCAAGAACAGGCAUGAAUUAGCACAAGGACUGACCCGCUUGUUCACCACGAAAGCCAGAAUUAUCUCAGGUUCCAAGAUAACAAGGAAAAUCUGCUCAGAAUGGACUAAUUUGGACACAUUUCUCUUCUAGCUGCUGUUCACGGCGUGGUGGCACUGUGUGUCCAGCCUGUGUUUGACAGAGUAGAGCAACUCCCUGGGGUCUCCAAUACUACAUACUUUGUGGGAACAAAUCACCAUGUCUUUUUUUCCGCCGAGCCUCUGGGUGGGUUCACCCCAUAACCUUUUGGUUAGCAGCUGGUCACUCGAUGGUGCGUACCGGGAAAUGUAACCCAAGGCCUAAUCAGGCUGUGAGGAAAGGCAGGAGGCCAGAACCACCUGAACACCCCAGGGCCUUCCUAGGGGGGGGUUAGGUCAAGUGUGCCCCUGUCUUUGGAGACCCCACUCAGCUCCGUCUGCUGGCAGAGUCAGAGGGUGGCUGUGUUCCCACCUGGGGAGGGAGAAGAACAGCCCACAGCUGCACAAUUCUCUGGAGUCAGGGCCCAGCCUUCCCCUCUGGGUUCCCUGGGAGCCAAGGCCAAGCUUUCAGAGAGCAGGUGAAAGACGCAAGGUGAGUGUUGGAAAAGACAGGCCAAGAACCAAGCUUCAUGAAGAUUGAACCCUCUGGGAAGAGCAGGAGCCCAGGUAGUCUUUUCUUCAGGCCAUCUUGCCUGCAAGGACUCUGCCUGUUAAGAUGAACUAAUGCCUUCGCUUGACACCCGUCAGGCCCAAACGCCCCACCAAGUUAUCCGAGGGAGUCGUGGCGUAACCUCUUGGCACCUAAGGUGCUUUGCUUUCAGAGCACAAGGAGUGGAGACAGCGGGCACCCAGAUUACAGACAGCAGCGCCAGCAGCAGCAGCAGGCAGGUGUCCCUAGAUGGCAUACAUUGAGCGAAGGGCAUGAUGGGAAGCAGGGGAGAUGGUGUGGAAGCACUUCCCAGGGUAAAGGGCACUCACCUGGCCAUCUUGUGAUGUGACAAUUAGUCGUGUGCACCCCAAGCUCAGCUGAGUGACUGAGAAAUUCAUUGUAUUUUUGCACAGUUACACACACACACACACACACACACAAAUGUUUUUGUCAAACACAAAUGUCAGUGUGUGGUUUUGGAAGAGUUGACCGUGAUGACAAAACUAUGAUGCCUGUGUUUCUGAGUCUUUAAAUAAAAACGAACGUGGAGAGAUCUUA